GGGAAACCUGUGCGCGUGGAGUGCCGUAUAUUUGUAAUAAUUUUCAUAGUUUUACGUCGCGUUCGGAAUCGUAAUUGGUAUCGGUGAUUAAUUUUCGAUGUACUCGACGCGAUAACGUAAAAAGCCUAAGGCGAAACGAGCUAAUUGGAAUGUAAACGUAUCGUUUGUGUUUCGACGUUCGUACGACUCGUGUAAUGGAGGGGCGAAGGUGACGCGAUGGAAGGGAAAGCAUCGGGAAGCAGUCGAGUCGAGUGCCGCUGGAAGUUUGCGCUUGCCCGUGAGCUCGUACGGAGGUUAGUUUGUUUGGUGCGGUAAACUUUAUUGUUUCAUCCUUAUUGACCAUUCAGUGAGACGCGAAAUAAAGCAUCGUGUCCGGAUUCAAGUGGCGUGCAAGUGCGAGACGCGUGUUCACGGUAUAGUUGAACAGUUUCGCGAGAACGGGUAAAAUACGAGACACGGCGUGCUCUGAAUGUCGUUGACGUUUCGUGUGUCAGUGUCCUCUCUCUCUAUUUCCGUCUCGUUUCUGCUUACACCCUUUCUCGAGUUCGUCCCUUCUCUCGAUCCUUCUACACAUUAAAACAUCGUACUACGAAGCCGCGUCGCCUUGUUGCAAUGCCAGAUGACAGGUGCGAGGCGCUGCCACUGGUAUAUUUUAACGAGUCCUUCGAAUCUCCUGCGGAUUUAGGAUACACCGCAGAAUGACGAACGCAAGGUUAUUUUACCGGAAGGGCGGUGAAGAGGACCGAAGACGACGACCACGACGACGUUCUCGAAUUCCCUCGCGCUAGCGGUGGGCUAUGAGCGCUGACAAUGGGGACGACUCCUUGGCAGAAUCGAAGUGACAGAAGAAGGGGAAGUUCCGCGGACAUUGACACGUGGAUGCUGUGGCCCGUGUUGGGGGAUGAUGGGCUGAGCCCAACGUCGCCCCCGGCGUCGGCCAGCGUCAAGGGGGUGAACAGACUGGCGCCCUUGUUGCUCUGCGCCCCGUGCAAGCCAAGCAGCCAUAGGAAGAACCAGAGUUCCACGCAGUGGUACGUGCAGCAGCCCACGUGGCGUUUAUGGGGCGAGGAACGGGGCGACGGCGUCAUAUACACGGUGUACCUGAAGAAGGUUCGUUAUCACAGGCCAACCAGAAGUCUAUCUGCCUCGGAUUCGGACGACGAGAUUUCGCAUUUAGAAUGGGAAACGGUGAGAGUGCGUUUUCUGAAGGCCGGCACGGUGCAAAGGUUGGUGGAGAGUUUGGCGAACGACGACGGGGAACUGGAGUCGACGUACAUAAACGUCUUCUUGGCGACUUAUCGUGCGUUCACCACCCCGCGAGAGGUUCUCGAGCUAUUGUUAGCGAGAUACGACGCCCUCGACGAGGGAUCCGGCGCCCUGACAGGUGAACAACAUCGAAAGACUCUGGUGCAAGCUCUUCACGUCUGGCUGGACGCUUAUCCCGGUGAUUGGAAGUCGCCACCGAGUCAUCCUCUGCUCAGCAGACUAUUGGACUUCACGCAUCGACGACUUCCUGGCUCGGAGCUCGAGCUCAAGGCAAGGCACCGCUUGCACAGGUUCCAGCGUGAAGAUCAAAUAGACUCGUGCAUGGUCUACGACAAUGGCCGACUGCCCCGUAGUUCCCCGGAUCCGAUCGUGGAUCACUGGGCGAACUACAACUUCCCCGAGGUUCCACACCGUCACUUCGCCGAGCAGCUAACUCGUAUGGAUGCCGAGGUGUUCAAGAAGCUGGUGGCUCAUCAGUGUCUAGGUGCUGUCUGGUCGAGGAGAGAUCGUUCCAGGAGUCACGACGCGGCCACCGUGUUGGCAACCGUGAAUCAAUUCAACGCUGUGUCGUUGAGGGUGAUAUCCACGAUCCUGAUGGAACCGACGAUGAAGUCUCAAGAGCGAGCCAGGAUCCUCGAGACGUGGAUCGACAUCGCUCAAGAGUUACGCGUGUUGAAGAACUUCAGUAGCCUGAAAGCUAUCGUGUCAGGUCUUCAGAGUAAUCCUGUGUACAGGCUAGAGAAAUGUUGGCAAUGUAUGCCGAGAGAGAAGCACGAGUUAUUCAGGGAAUUGGAGAGGAUUUUCUCGGAGGAGAACAAUGCGUGGACGCAGCGAGAGCUUCUGAUCAAGGAGGGCACUGCCAAAUUUGCGGACACUGCUGGUCGAAGCGAUAGACAUCUUCAGAAGUUGUUUCAGAAGCAGAAUACUCACGCCGGCAACAUCAGUUACGGAACGAUACCCUACCUGGGCACGUUCCUUACGGACCUGACGAUGAUAGACACCGCGAUACCUGACACUAUAGCCGAGGGUUUGAUCAACUUCGACAAAAGACGGAAAGAAUUCGAGGUACUCGCUAGGAUACGAUUGCUUCAGGGUGCCGCUAACGCGUACAACUUCAGUACGGAUCCGUUGUUCGAUCGUUGGUUCCACUCGGUGGUGGUGCUCGACGAUCGCGAAGCGUACAAGCUGAGCUGUCAGAUCGAGCCACCGCCACCUGGAAAUACUCUGAGCAAUCGAGGCAAGAAGAAGCAGGUCAGCAUGCUCUCCUCCGUCUCGUUAUUCCGCUCCCGUCCCCGAUCACCCGUUUCACGCGAGAAGGCUGAGCCAAGACUUGUCUUACAGAGUCAUCAGGGUCAUCGUAAGAACGACUCGAUCGCUUCUACCUCGAGCUCGAGCAGCUCCCAGUUCUAUUGCGACCUAGAUUCUCUGCCAAGCUCGCCGCACAACUCUCUCGAUCGGCGCACCUCGCCAUCCCAGAUGUCCAGCUCUUCCUCCAGCUCGUCUUUACCAUCUCUGGACGUGUCUCUUAGUUCUGGAGGAGGUAGCGGAGCGACGGGUAAUAAUCAGCACAAUCGGCUGGCACCUUCCUCGGCGGUCACCGCUAACGGCAACGGUCCGAAUCUUGUCGGUCUGUCAAGUCCGAGUCACUCGCACAAGAGCUCCCCGGAUUUUUACAUAAUCAAGGUCACCAUGGAGAGCGACAACGUUGAGACGGACGGUGUUGUGUUGUACAAGUCCAUUAUGCUGUCCAACAACGAGAGGACACCGCAGGUUAUACGAAACGCGAUGCUGAAGCUAGGAAUAGAGGGCAGUCCGGAUCAGUACACGCUUGCCCAGGUUCUGCCGGAUCGGGAGUUGGUCUUGCCAAACUCGGCCAACGUUUACUAUGCUGUUAACACCGCGCACAAUUUGAACUUUAUCCUACGACCUAGAAGGGAACCCAAUGACACCGCCAGCGAGAGCCCUAAAAGCAAGUCGAGUCACAAGCGGUAGUGAUGAACUUUUUUUGAGGAAUAGGAGCGUUGCUUGUAAGAGCUCUAUGUUGUGACAGAGAGAAGAUUCAUAACGAUAUACUGAAAAGUGUUCAUGAAGAAUUUCCUCGCAAUGAUUGUCUUGGCUGAACCUGACAGAAUCUCAGUACAUUGCGAUGGUGCGUUUUCUACGUUUUCUUUUAUUACCCAUGACAUUACCAAUUUAUUCGUUCCAUCGCGAGGAUGUAUUUUUCUUUUCUUCUUUAGUGAUAAUCGCAAACGACGCGUUAACAGUGAUGCACACCAGAAUUCGGAUUAUUUCCUUUUUUCUUUCCUUUCUGUUACUUACUCGUCGCGCACUCGCGUUAACACGACGUUACCCCGCCUACACGGUACUCGGAACUUUGACAUUAGCGUUACUGUGUGGACUAAUGAUUUCUAGCUUUAGGUACGUUUAGCGUGAGUCGUAGGUCUGUUAUCGGCGCACACGGCGAAACGAAUAAAUCCGGACGCGAGGAGGUGCGCGAACUAGCAUUUCGUCUGUGUAGUUACGUGUAUUUAUACAUUUCACGAGAUUACAAAAAAAAAAGAAAGGAAAUAUCGCGGAUAGAGUCGCGACAAGCAUCCGCGGCUGGAUCAUUGUGAUUUUGUACAUAACUUUAGUUCGGUAGUUGUAGCUUCGAACCGCGAGGACCAAGUGGACCCCAAUUAAAAUUGUCAAUUACCUUUCUUCUAUGUUGCAAAGAGCAAAAGGAUAGCGAAAAGAAAAUAACGAAAAAUCGUCCAUUCCGUGAUUCAUUUUUCUAGCUGUGCAUCCGCAAAAACGAUGCGCGGAACAGAGAAAUUCAAAUUCUGUGAUAUAACAUUGGAAUCUCUCAUUUCGGCUUUGAACUUGAAACGAAAAAAACCGAAAUCGAGCCUGUGCACGUUAGAAACGAAAUACUCGUACCGAUGUCGAAGCUAGGCACACGUGGUCAGAACGUGUGCGAACGUUGAUAUAUUUUUACAAGGGCCUGCAUGCAUUUGUACUAGGACAAGAGAAAAAAAAAAGAUACAGAGCACAGAAACAUUAAUUUGGAGGAUCCAAACUCGACGAGGUUUCCUUCGUAUUCGCUCGUUCGAGUUUGGCUCCUCGACGCAUCCGUUUAGCUUAGGCAAUUUUGUACUUACCUCUAUCGACCCUUAAUCCCCCUGAAACGUCUCUAACUAGAUGUAUCUGUUCGUGUACGCGUCAAUUCUUAGCUGAAAUACGCGCAACUUACGUGUAAUUGCGAGUCGAUAAAAGUGAGAAUAGAUGGCCUACAAUUUUAA